GUUGCUCUCGUGUGGCUCCAUGGCGGAAUCUGAAACUAUUUGGUUGUGGGGUUUUGUGGCGUGCGGGGGUUUUUCGGGGGGUUUUGGAUUCUAGCCAAUGUGGGUUGCUAGGGGUUUCGGAUUGAUCGUAGAUUCCGGAGUUUUGAUGGGAGAUUGUUAUCUGGUCUCGGAAGCGCGCCGUGCGCUGCUCGUGGCAGAUUCCAUCUAUCCAAUUGUGAUGUAAUCAUCUGUUUGAGGGUGGGUUUCCCGUGCGUGCGCCGCUUCAAUUUAUAUGUGUUUCCUCGGCGCUUGUUUAUGCCUGUGAUUCGAUGCAGUGGCGUGGUAUGUGUCGUUCCAAUUUCUGGUUGCGAGUUUGAGUUUAUGGCUUUGUGCUUGCAAUCUGUGAUUUCUGACGGAAUUCUCCGAAUGGCCCCUUCCAAUCUGCAGUCGCGAAAUUUGAACGAACUCAAUCGCUUACUAUUCGAGUUGUUAUAAUCAUUGAGGGUUAUGUUGGGAUUGCUUGAGUUCAUUUGUUUGGUGCUUGUUGGUGAUGGAACGGCAUGCUUUUUUUUAGUACGGACUCGCACCAAUCUCGUGCUCAACCAGUGCGGUUGUGUUUUGGAUUUAUAAAACUCAUCUUGCGGUUUUGCACCUCAGAGUCUCAGCGUUGGAAUUGGUGAUACUUUGGUAGUGUUUGUUCAUGAUCUACAAUUUUUUUACCUCGGUUCCUGUUUAUACGUUGAUUGAUUUGAAGUCACUGUAUUUGUUAGGCUCAUGCCUCAUCUGUUUCCCCUCUAGCACUGCUUUGAGGUUGAGGCGUCUGUUUUUCACUUCUUUCUUUUUUCCAUCUCCCUUUCCUCUUCAUCAUGUUUUGUUUCUGAAAUUACAAAUGGUUUUGCGAUUUAUGAUGAUCCGAGGAGGUAAUACCACAUCUGUUUGGCCACUCAGAACAGUGUUUUACCAAACACAACUUGUUUCUAUUGAGUUAGACUCAGUUUUUUGAUUUAGUGGUGUUUCCCAAAAUUUACUUAUGCACUUUGUGGGAUAUCUUGGGAUUGUGGUAUUAUUGUCUUGGGCCUUGCCUUUCUGGUUUUGUGGUGGACAGAAAUUUUGUUUACUUGUAUAUUUGCUUUUGAUAGUCUAGAACCAAAUGCACCUUUCUUCCCCUUUUUCUGAGUUUGAAAACAGUGUGCUAGACUCUGCUGUAGACGUAUUUUAUUUGGAUGAAAACAGUGUGCCAUCUAGUUCUCUGUGUAAGCACGUUCCUCUGAGUUUUUACAGGGUUUUAGCCAAUUUUCUACAUAAAAUGGUCCCAAAAUGGCCAAUUGUAUAUUGCCACCUGGCCUUUGGGCUUCUUUGCUAAUGAUUCCGCCGGGAAUCAAUAGGCAUUCGGGUUACCUUUCCGGUUUUCCUUUUUAAAAAUAUACGCCCUUCUUGUUUCUUCAUUUAUUGUUUCGGUUCCUUUUGCAUUCAAACAAAAUGCCAUAUUCUCUCCAAAAAAAAAACAAAAUGCCAUAAGGUUAUAGUUUGAUGCAUCAAACAACUUAAUUCUUCUUGCAAGAAAACUUUGGUAAUAUCUGCUCCUUUCACUUGAGCUUCUUUGUAAAAAGACAAAAACAUACACUAAAUGCUUGAUUGAUGUUAUAAGCAUAUCUUUAUUUACAUUCCUCUAUCUGUUUUAUUCUGCGUAUUGGUUUGUAUGUGUGAUGUCUCCAGUAACAACUCGCAUUUUUUGGUUGUCUUUUGCACCAAUUGAGGAUUGGUCAAAAGUCAAAGUGAUACAAGCUAUGGCUAAUUUAGUUGUCACUGUAGAUUGUCUUGGUGGAAUUAGUCGAAAUAGAUGCAUAUCGAUGCAGAAUAUUCAAAUGUUAAUUUGUAGUGUUGAUUGUAUUGUCUUAAUUCAUAUGGAUAAUUGUGCUGCAUUUAAGUGUUCUCUAGUAGAUAUCAUGUGUUUCUUUUGUUUUUAGAGCCAGGCUCCAUGUUUUAACGAGCUUCUCCCCUUACAAAGUUUAUUGUUUUUAUUGAACAUUACAAUGUUUAUUUUUUCAAAAACUGUAAAAGAGUUAAGUGACAUUAACAUUGGCUUUGAUAUGUGGUCCUUCUUUUCAGCAAAGCUUUAUUCCAAUGGUUAUCUAUUGUUUCUUUCUCAUAUGCAACACGAGCAUCUUACCUUAUUCACAUGCAUUAUUUGCAUGCCUUCAUGUUUCAUAUACUAUUUCCAUCAUCCUUCCAUAAAAUUAAAUUCUGAUGUCACCAUUUUGCCUGAUUUGUUUGCCUACAUGUUGAAUAUCAUUCUUCACAAUACUCGCAAGGAAAACUAAUCUAUGUGUCUAUGUGCUAUUUCUCCUUUUUUUUCAUUUUUUUAUCUCUUACACUCGAACAACGAUUUUAUUUGGAUGCCUGAUAGUAUGGCUACUAAAAUGGCUGGAUCUGUCCAAGUGGUUAAGGAUGACACUGUUAAACGCACACCGAUGGCACGGCCUAGCAUUGGUCGUGAAGGAAAGCCGAUUAGGUUGCUGUCAAACCACUUUGCUGUGAAGCUUAAUGGAGUAGAUGCUGUUUUCUACCAAUACAGUGUUUCCAUCAAAUCUGAGGAUGAUAAGGUGGUUGAUGGUAAGGGUAUUGGCCGAAAGGUCAUUGAUAAACUGUUGCAAACAUACAGUUCUGAACUUGAUGGGAAGGAUUUUGCAUAUGAUGGAGAGAAAUGUUUAUUUACUGUGGGACCACUUCCACAGAAUAACUUUGAAUUCACUGUUAUCUUGGAAGAAACAUCUUCAAGGGCUGUUGGUGGAAGUCCAGGACAUGGAAGCCCUAGUCAAGCUGACAAAAAGCGAGUAAAGCGAUCACAUCUUGCAAAAAAAUUCAUUGUGGCCAUAAGUUAUGCAGCAAAGAUUCCUCUAAAGUCAGUUGCUUUGGCACUUCGAGGAAGUGAGUCAGAACAUGCUCAGGAUGCUCUGAGAGUCCUUGACAUUGUUUUAAGGCAACAGCAGGCUAAGCGAGGUUGUCUACUUGUUAGGCAGUCAUUUUUCAGUGAUGACAGUCGAAACCUUGUUGAUUUAACUGGUGGAGUUAGUGGCUGUCGUGGACUCCACUCUAGUUUCCGGACUACAAUUGGUGGUCUUUCAUUGAACAUGGAUGUUUCAACCACCAUGAUUGUGACUCCUGGACCAGUUAUUGAUUUUCUCCUCACAAAUCAAAAUGUCAGAGAUAUCAGGGAUAUUGACUGGCCCAGGGCCAGGAAAAUGCUUAAAAACCUGAGAGUUAAAGCUAAGCACAACAACAUGGAGUUCAAGAUCAUUGGCCUUAGCGAUCAACCAUGCUCCAGACAGACAUUCCCAAUGAAAGUUAGAAAUGGAAGCAUUGAAGUUCAAACUAUGGAUAUUACUGUUCAGGAUUAUUUUAAGUCCAAGCAGGUUGAAUUAAUGAUGCCUUAUCUGCCAUGCCUUGAUGUUGGAAAACCAAAACGUCCUAAUUAUCUCCCAAUUGAGUUAUGCCACAUGGUAUCACUCCAACGUUAUACAAAAGCACUAUCUUCUCAACAAAGAGCAAAUUUGGUUGAAAAGUCACGACAGAAGCCUCAAGAUAGAAUGCGAGUUGUUACAGAUGCUGUAAAAAGUAAUAGGUAUGAUGAUGAUCCAAUCUUAUCUUCUUGUGGUAUUGAAAUCGAGAAACAUCUUACUCGUGUUGAUGGUCGUGUUCUCUCUGCACCAACGCUGGUUGUGGGGAACAGUGAAGACUGCAUCCCGAACAGGGGCAGGUGGAACUACAAUAACAAGAGGCUAUUGGAUCCUGUCAAGAUUGAGCGUUGGGCUAUCGUUAAUUUUUCUGCUCGUUGUGACAUGAGCAGAAUCUCAAGAGAGUUGAUAAACUGUGGACGAAGCAAAGGCAUUUUUAUUGAACGUCCUCACACAUUGGUGGAUGAGGACAGUCAAUCCAGGAGAUGUUCACCUGUUGAAAGGGUUGAGAGGAUGUUCGAAAAAGUCAAAACAAGCCUUCCUGGCCCUCCGGAGUUUCUGUUGUGUGUUUUACCAGAGAGGAAGAAUUGUGAUAUUUAUGGGCCAUGGAAGAAGAAAAAUCUUCAUGAAAUGGGUAUUGUCACUCAAUGCAUUGCUCCCAGUAAUAAGAUGAAUGAUCAGUAUUUCACCAAUGUUCUUCUAAAAAUUAAUGCUAAGCUCGGUGGAAUGAAUUCUAAAUUGGCAUUGGAACAUCGCCAGAUGAUACCAGUUGUGACUCAGAUACCGACAUUAAUUCUUGGAAUGGAUGUUUCACAUGGUUCUCCAGGUCGAGCAGAUAUACCAUCAAUUGCCGCGGUUGUUGGGUCUAGAUGCUGGCCACUGAUAUCACGGUACAGAGCAUCUGUCCGGACCCAAUCUCCAAAGGUAGAGAUGAUCGAUUCUCUAUUUAAGCCGCUGUAUGAUGGGAAGGAUGAUGGCAUAAUGAGGGAACUUCUACUGGACUUCUACCAGACCAGUCAACAAAGAAAGCCUAAGCAGAUAAUUAUCUUCAGGGAUGGUGUGAGCGAGUCUCAAUUUAGCCAAGUACUGAAUGUUGAGCUUAAUCAAAUCAUAAAGGCUUAUCAGAGUAUGGGACAGGGGGACCUUCCGAAGUUCACAGUGAUCAUUGCUCAAAAGAAUCACCACACAAAACUCUUCCAAGUUGAUUCGCCAGACAACGUUCCACCUGGGACUGUCGUAGACUCUGGUAUUGUUCAUCCAAGGCAGUAUGAUUUUUACAUGUGUGCUCAAGCUGGACCAAUUGGUACCUCAAGACCCACCCACUACCAUGUGUUGCUCGAUGAGAUUGGCUUCUCAGCAGAUAAUCUCCAGAAGCUAGUUCUUUCACUUUCAUAUGUGUAUCAGAGGAGCACCACUGCAAUUUCUGUUGUGGCACCUAUCUGUUACGCCCACCUAGCAGCAGCUCAGGUGGGCCAGUUCAUGAAAUUCGAAGAGUUCGCUGAUACCUCAUCAGGCAGUGGUGUCAAUUCGUCAUCAGCAGCAGCAAUCCCAGAAUUGCCGCGGCUUCAUGCUGAUGUCUGCAGUUCCAUGUUCUUCUGUUGAGGUGAUCUUGGUUGACCAUUGUGUGGUAGGGCUAACUCUGUGAAGGAAGAUAUAAUGGGUACACGGCAGGGUAACCGUUUUGUGAAGAAACCUAAGGCCUCCUUUGGAAGCACAGGGGCGAGCAGCCCCGAGCAGCACUUCCCCAGGAUUGA